AUGUGGAAGUCAUCCCCAGAUGAAGAUGUCCUUGGAGGCUGUUGCUCCCCGAAACUUGGCUUUCUCCAGGAAACAUCAUCUCCAAGGCUGGCUGCCCCUCUCAUGCCCCCUGACACUGAGGGCCAGGAGGAGGAACUGAAAUACUCCUCCCUGCUCCCUAAUGCCACCUUCAGAUUCAACUCAGGGGGCUCCAUGCUUGACGUACACCUUCUCUCCUCCUUCAAGAUUCCUGCCUAUGAGGAUGUAGCUUACCACCCUGGAAUCCCAUCUCCCCCAUACAGUGUGGCUCCUGGGCCCCCAUCACCCAGUUCCAGUGACUGCGCCAGUGGUUCCUGUGCCUCCAGCUGCCCCCCUUCUCCACUUGGUACUAUAGGGGCCUCUUCCAGGACCCACCCACACAGGGUAGAAUGGAGUGGAGCUGGGGUUCUUGCCCAAAGUCAGCCUGGGGAUAUGGGGGAAGGGGAGAGUCCAGCACCCCUAGACCAGUCCUGCCACCAUUGCAGACUGACUGGAGAUUUGGGAAUUGAGCUGUGUCCUGAUACCUACCAUGGUCUAGUUGACCAGGGUCCAGCCAAACCUGGGUGGGCAGAGCCACCACCACUCCAGGAUAGCAGUGUCUGUUCCCUGAAUUCAGCCCCUGCUGAUCCCAUUCCCUGUGAAUUCCCAGUCUCUUCUGAAGGGCCUGGAUACAGGCAGAUCUGUGCUCUGACUCCUGGGGGAAGGGGUUCUGGCAGUAGUAACUACAUAUAG